GUGGUGCCCCCCGGGCACAGGGCCAUGUACAACGGGAUCGGGCUGCCGACGCGGGGCAGCGGCACCAACGGCUACGUCCAGCGCAACCUGUCCCUGGUGCGGGGCCGCCGGGGUGAGCGGCCUGACUACAAGGGAGAGGAGGAACUGCGGCGCCUGGAGGCUGCCCUGGUGAAGCGGCCUAAUCCUGACAUCCUGGACCACGAGCGCAAGCGGCGCGUGGAGCUGCGAUGCCUCGAGCUGGAGGAGAUGAUGGAAGAGCAGGGGUACGAGGAACAACAAAUUCAGGAAAAAGUGGCGACCUUUCGACUCAUGUUGCUCGAGAAGGAUGUGAACCCCGGGGGCAAGGAGGAGACCCCAGGGCAAAGGCCAGCGGUAACUGAGACUCACCAGUUGGCAGAAUUGAAUGAGAAGAAGAAUGAGCGACUUCGUGCUGCCUUUGGCAUCAGUGAUUCCUACGUGGAUGGCAGCUCUUUUGAUCCUCAGCGUCGUGCUCGAGAGGCUAAACAAGCAGCCCCUGAGCCUCCUAAACCUUACAGCCUUGUGCGAGAGUCUAGCAGUUCUCGCUCCCCCACUCCAAAGCAAAAGAAGAAGAAAAAGAAGAAAGACAGAGGACGCAGGUCAGAGAGCAGCUCUCCACGACGGGAGAGAAAGAAGAGCUCGAAGAAGAAGAAGCACAGAUCAGAAUCUGAAUCAAAGAAACGGAAGCAUAGGUCUCCCACUCCAAAGAGCAAACGUAAAUCUAAGGACAAGAAACGGAAGCGGUCUCGAAGUACAACACCAGCCCCCAAGAGUCGCCGGGCCCACCGGUCAACCUCUGCUGAUUCUGCUUCUUCUUCUGAUACUUCCCGUAGUCGGUCUCGAAGUGGUGCAGCUAAAACUCAUACAACUGCCUUGACUGGGCGAAGUCCUUCCCCUGCUUCAGGGCAUCAAGGGGAGGGAGAUGCACCUUCCAGUGAGCCAGGUACCACCAGUGUACAACGGCCUAGCAGCCCAGAGCCCUCCACGAAGCAGCCUAGUAGUCCUUUGGAAGACAAAGACAAGAAGGAGAAAUCUGCAGCUCGACCUAGCCCUUCUCCGGAAAGGAGCAGCACAGGCCCAGAACCACCUGCUCCUACUCCGCUCCUUGCUGAGCAACAUGGCAGCUCCCCACAACCUCUUGCAACAACCCCCUUGAGUCAGGAGCCAGUGAAUCCCCCAUCUGAGGCCUCCCCAACCCGGGGCCGUUCACCACCUAAGUCUCCUGAAAAACCUCCCCCAUCUUCCUCCGAGAGCUCUCCACCGUCCCCUCAACCUGCCAAAGUCUCUCGGCACGCCAGCUCUUCUCCUGAGAGUCCUAAGCCUACACCAGCUCCUGGGGCCCGCCGAGAGCUUUCUUCCUCUCCUACAUCUAAGAAUCGCUCCCAUGGCCGAGCAAAGAGGGAGAAGUCACAUUCUCAUACCCCUUCCCGGAGAGCAGCGAGGUCCCGCAGCCCUGCUACUAAGAGGGGGCGAUCUCGGUCUCGAACCCCUGCCAAGAGAGGUCAUUCUCGGUCCCGGUCCCCUCAGUGGCGGAGGUCCCGGUCUGCACAGAGGUGGGGAAGGUCAAGGAGUCCACAGCGGCGUGGCCGCUCUAGGUCUCCUCAGCGACCAGGCUGGUCCAGGAGCAGAAAUACCCAGAGAAGAGGCAGGUCAAGGUCAGCAAGGCGAGGCAGGUCCCACUCUAGAUCCCCAGCCACUAGAGGCAGAUCCCGUUCUAGAACACCCGCCCGGCGGGGCAGGUCCCGCUCCAGAACACCCGCCCGGCGCCGGUCUAGAUCUAGAACACCUGCCAGGCGCCGGUCUAGAUCCAGAACACCCGCCCGGAGGGGCAGGUCUCGCUCUCGAACGCCUGCCAGGCGCAGAUCUAGAACCCGAUCUCCAGUGCGGCGGCGGUCUCGCAGUAGAUCGCCGGCAAGGAGAAGCGCCCGAUCACGCUCGAGAACCCCAGCCAGGCGUGCUCGCUCACGCUCGAGAACCCCAGCUAGACGUGGUGGGCGUUCACGAUCCAGAACCCCAGCUAGACGUGGUGGGCGCUCACGAUCCAGAACCCCAGCCAGGAGAGGACGGUCUCGAUCUAGAACACCAGCAAGGCGAGGCAGGUCCCACAGUCGAAGUCUGGCUAGACGGGGGAGAUCCCACUCCAGAACACCGCAAAGAAGAGGCAGGUCUGGCUCAUCCUCAGAGAGGAAGAACAAAUCCAGAACAUCUCAGAGGAGCAGGUCCAACUCAAGCACAGAAAUGAAGAAGUCUCGCAUUUCCUCACGGCGGAGCAGAUCUGUUUCUUCACCCCGAUCCAAAGCAAAAUCUCGCUUGUCUGUGAGGCGAAGCCUUUCAGGGUCCUCUCUGUGUCCUAAGCAGAAGUCACAGACGCCACCCAGGCGCAGUCGCUCUGGAUCAUCGCAACCUAAAGAGAAAUCUGUAACCCCAACAAGGCAGAGUUGCUCUGGUUCUCCACCGCCGCCUAAACAGAAGUCUAAGACGCCAUCAAGACAAAGUCAUUCUAGUUUAUCACCUCAGCCUCAGGUGAAGUCCGGAACACCACCCAGGCCAGGGUCUGUAACAAGUCCCCAGGCCAACGAACAGUCUGCAACACCGCUGAGACGGAGCCAUUCAGAGUCAUCCCCUGAUGCUGAGGUGAAAUCCGGGACUCCUUUGAGACCUAGUUGCUCUGGGUCUUCUCCUCAGAUAAAGGCUAGCACGCCUCCAGGACGGAGCCCAUCUAGGUCGUCCUCUCCACAACCAAAAGUGAAGGCUGUAUUGACUGUAUCCUCUCCCAGACAGGGAAGCCGUUCUGGCUCCUCUUCUCCGAGUCCUAGUAGGGUGGCAUCUAGAACACCUCCAAGGCAAGGCCGAUCGGUGUCUCCUUGCUCCAAGGUGGAAUCUAGGUUGUUGCCAAGACACAGCCGUUCUAGGUCCUCGUCACCAGAUGCCAAAGCGAAACCUGGAACGCCGUCAAGACAAAGCCACUCAGGGUGUACUUCUCCAUAUCCCAAAGUAAAGCCCCAAACUCCACCAGGGCAAAGUCUUACUGGAUCAAAGUCACCAGGUCCCCAAGAGAAGUCUAAAGACACACCAGCACAGAGUUGCUCUGGGUCCUUUUCUCUCUGUCCAGGAGUAAAAUCUAGCACACCACCAGAAGAGAGUGAUUUUGACUCAGCUCUGCAACAGAAAGGACAAUCUCAAAUUUCACCAGAUCUCAGAUCUGGUACUUCAAGUCCAGAAGUGAGGCAGACUCACUCAGAAUCACCAUCUCUGCCGAGCAAAUCUCAAACGCCUCCUAAAGGUUGCCGAUCUAGGUCCUCAUCUCCGGUCAGUGAGCUGGCAUCCAGGUCUCCAGGAAGACACGACAGAAGUGAAUUGUUAAGUCCUAGGCUGAAAGCAGGAAUGUCUCCUGAACAGAGCAGGCCGCAGUCGGACUCUUUCUUAUAUCCUGCAGUGGACUCUAAGCCCCUUUUGGGGCAGAAUAAUAGAUCAGAACCCUUUUUUGAAUCAAAAGAGAAAGUAGCCUUACCCUCUCAGGAGGAUGUUACUGCAUCAUCUCCUAGGCCAAGAGACAAAUUUAGUCCUCUGGUGCAAGACGGGUCCGAGGCCUCACCAGUCCUUAAAGACACACCAAGAACUCCACCAGGGAGUGGCAGUGGAUCACCUUCAGAUGUGAAAGACCAAAAUAGUCUGUUAACUAAGUCAACUCAAGAUGAGGAAUUAAUGGAAGUGACAGAGAAAUCUGAAGAGCCUUCCAUCCAAGUCCUACCCCAUUUGUCUCCAGAACGUAAAGAAGUGGCCGGGAGUAAUUUUGGAUUGUCGCCUGAAGUAGAAGAAAGGCCUGCAUCUUUGGCUCUUGACCACAGCCAGUCACAGGCUGCUUUGGAAACAGUAGAAAUCCCUGCAGUGGCCUCAUCUUGGGGUGGACCGCAGUUUUCUCCAGAACAUAAAGAACCGUCUAACUCACCUGGCAGGGAAAAUAGCUUUGGAUCACCUUUAGAAUUUAGGAAUUCAGGCCCUGUUACAGAAAUGAAUGCUGGGUUUUCUCCUGAUGUUAAAGAAGAUUUGAGUGGACCUUUCCUUAAUCCGCUGGAGACAGAACCGUCUCUGGAUGUGAAAGAACAAUCAACAAGAUCCUCUAGACGUAGCAGUUCUGAGUUGUCCCCAGACGCAAUGGAAAAGGCAGGAAUGUCUUCAAACCAGAGUGUCUCUUCGCCUGUUCUGGAUGCUGUACCUAGGACACCCUCAAGAGAACGAAGUAGUUCUGCAUCUUCCGAACCAAAAGAUGGCUUACCCAGAACUCCGUCAAGGAGAAGCAGGUCUGGGUCUUCUCCAGGGCUUAGAGAUAGGUCUGGGACUCCUUCAAGGCACAGCCUGUCUGGCUCCUCCCCUGGAAUGAAGGAUGCACCUAGAACACCCUCCAGGGGGAGGAGCGAAUGUGACUCCUCGCCAGAACCCAAGGCUUUGCCUCAGACUCCUAGAGCAAGGAGUCGUUCUCCAUCAUCCCCAGAGCUCAACAACAAGUGUCUUACCCCUCAGAGAGAAAGAAGUGGGUCAGAAUCAUCCGUCGAACAGAAAACUGUGGCCAGAACUCCCCUUGGACAGAGAAGUCGAUCAGGAUCUUCUCAGGAGCCUGACGGGAAACCCAGCACAUCCCCACAGGAAAGAAGUGAGUCCGAUUCUUCUCCGGACUCUAAAGCCCAGACAAGAGUCCCACUUAGGCAGAGGAGCCGCUCGGGAUCGUCUCCAGAGAUGGACGACAAAUCCCAGCCUUCUCGGCGCAGUAGGUCUGCUUCGUCCCCCGAAGUGAAGGAAAAGGCGAGAGUGGUGCCCAGGGCACAGAGUGGUUCCGAUUCUUCUCCAGAACCCAAGACUCCUGCCCCUCGGGCUCCGCCCAGACGAAGCAGGUCCGCUUCCUCGAGCAAAGACAGAGGUCCCUCUGCUGAAGGCAGCAGCAGUUCGGAGUCCUCUCCUGAGCACCUGCCCAAAUCAAGAGCUACUCGAAGAGGCUCCAGGUCCUCACCAGAACCCAAGACCAAAUCUCGCACACCACCUCGACGGCGCGGUUCUCGAUCAUCGCCCGAGGUGACCAGGAAGGCCAGACUCUCUCGUAGAAGCCGCUCUGCCUCAUCCUCACCAGAAACCCGCUCCAGGACCCCGAGACGCCGAAGAAGUCCCUCAGUGUCUUCGCCAGAGCCGGCUGAGAAGUCAAGGUCUUCACGCCGGCGGCGGUCGGCUUCAUCUCCACGCACCAAGACAACGUCAAGGAGAGGCCGCUCUCCUUCACCAAAGCCUCGUGGACUCCAGAGGUCCCGUUCCCGCUCGAGGAGGGAGAAGACAAGAACAGCCCGCCGUCGAGACAGGUCUGGCUCGUCUCAGUCAACCUCGCGGAGAAGGCAGCGCAGCCGGUCGAGGUCUCGGGUUACUCGUCGUCGGAGGGGAGGCUCUGGUUACCACUCCAGGUCACCUGCCAGGCAGGAGAGUUCUCGAACCUCCUCCCGGCGUCGAAGAGGUCGUUCUCGGACACCCCCAACUAGCCGGAAGCGUUCUCGCUCACGCACGUCACCAGCCUUGUGGAAACGCUCCAGAUCUCGAGCCUCUCCAGCGACUCACCGGCGAUCCAGGUCCAGAACACCCCUGAUCAGCCGGCGGAGGUCCAGAUCUCGGACCUCACCAGUUAGUCGGAGACGGUCGAGGUCCAGGACAUCCGUGACUCGGCGAAGAUCUCGGUCAAGAGCAUCUCCAGUGAGUCGAAGGCGGUCCCGGUCCAGAACACCACCAGUGACCCGCCGCCGUUCAAGGUCCAGGACACCGACAACACGCCGGCGCUCCCGGUCCAGAACUCCACCAGUGACUCGCCGGAGAUCCAGAUCAAGGACUCCCCCGGUAACCCGGAGGCGGUCUCGGAGCAGAACCUCGCCCAUUACUCGCAGAAGAUCAAGAUCCAGAACCUCCCCCGUCACUCGCAGGAGGUCUCGGUCUCGCACAUCUCCAGUCACUCGGAGGAGGUCUCGCUCCCGAACCUCCCCCGUGACACGCCGCCGCUCGAGGUCUCGGACACCUCCAGCUAUCCGGCGCCGUUCUAGGUCUCGCACACCGCUGCUGCCUCGCAAGCGGUCCCGCAGUCGCUCACCACUUGCUAUCCGCCGCCGUUCUAGGUCCCGUACUCCACGAACAACUCGAGGCAAGCGUUCCUUAACACGGUCUCCUCCAGCCAUUCGCAGGCGCUCGGCGUCUGGAAGUAGUUCAGAUCGUUCACGUUCUGCUACUCCUCCGGCAACGAGAAAUCAUUCUGGUUCUCGGACACCUCCAGUAGCACUCAACAGCUCCAGAAUGAGCUGCUUCAGUCGCCCUAGCAUGUCACCAACUCCUCUCGACCGCUGUCGGUCACCUGGAAUGCUUGAACCCCUCGGCAGCUCUAGAACACCCAUGUCUGUCCUGCAGCAGGCGGGUGGCUCCAUGAUGGACGGUCCCGGCCCGCGGAUACCUGAUCAUCCCAGAGCAUCUGUGCCAGAAAAUCAUGCCCAGUCUAGGAUUGCACUUGCCCUGACAGCCAUCAGUCUUGGCACUGCCCGACCACCUCCGUCCAUGUCUGCUGCUGGCCUUGCUGCAAGAAUGUCCCAGGUUCCAGCUCCAGUGCCUCUCAUGAGUCUCAGAACGGCCCCAGCUGCCAACCUUGCGAGCAGGAUUCCUGCAGCCUCUGCAGCAGCCAUGAACCUGGCCAGUGCCAGGACACCUGCCAUUCCAACAGCAGUGAACCUGGCUGACUCACGAACACCAGCUGCCGCAGCAGCUAUGAACUUGGCCAGUCCCAGAACGGCGGUGGCACCAUCAGCUGUGAACCUUGCUGAUCCUCGCACCCCUGCAGCCUCAGCGGUGAACCUAGCAGGAGCCAGAACCCCCGCAGCCUUGGCAGCUUUGAGCCUCACAGGCUCGGGCACGCCCCCAGCUGCUGCAAAUUACCCCUCCAGCUCCAGAACACCCCAGGCUCCAGCCCCUGCAAAUCUGGUGGGUCCCCGGUCUGCACAUAGUGCGGCUCCUGUGAAUAUUGCCAGCUCCAGGACCCCUGCAGCCUUGGCUCCUGGAGGUCUUACCAGUGCUAGGAUGGCUCCAGCAUUGUCCGGUGCAAACCUCACCAGUCCCAGGGUGCCUCUUUCUGCUUAUGAGCGAGUCAGUGGGCGAACCUCACCACAGCUCCUCGACCGAGCUAGGUCCAGAACACCGCCAUCUGUCCCUAGCCAAUCUAGAAUGACCUCUGAGCGGGCCCCGUCCCCUGUCUCGAGAAUGGUCCAGACCUCCUCACAGUCUCUUCUCCCUCCAGCGCAGGAUAGGCCUAGGUCCCCUGUGCCGUCUGCUUUUUCAGACCAGUCUCGUUCUUUGAUGGCCCAGACCACCUCUGUAGCAGGCCCUCAGCCCCUUUCCUCUGGGGCAGUGGCAAAGACCAUGUCCUCCGCUGGUGACCACAAUGGCAUGCUCUCUGGCCCUGCCCCAGGGGUGUCGCACCCCGAGGGUGGGGAAUCACCUCCUGGGUCCCAGCAGUCUGCAUUGGCCGCCCUGCAGCCAGCAAAGGAGCGGCGGAGCUCCUCCUCCUCCUCCUCCUCCUCCAGCUCCUCCUCUUCCUCCUCCUCGUCAUCGUCGUCAUCAUCCUCUUCUGGCUCCAGUUCUAGCGACUCGGAGGGCUCUAGCCUUCCCCCUCAACCUGAGGUGGCACUAAAGAGGGUCCCCAGCCCCACCCCGGCCCCAAAGGAGGCUGUUCGAGAGGGACGUCCCCAAGAGCCAACCCCAGCCAAACGGAAGAGGCGUUCUAGCAGUUCCAGUUCUAGCUCCUCCUCCUCGUCAUCUUCCUCCUCCUCCUCCUCUUCCUCCUCCUCCUCCUCCUCCUCUUCCUCCUCUUCCUCCUCAUCUUCUUCCUCCUCUUCCUCCUCCUCCUCCCCUGCUAAGCCUGGCCCUCAGGCCUUGCCCAAACCUGCAAGCCCCAAGAAGCCACCCCCUGGCGAGCGGAGGUCUCGCAGCCCCCGGAAGCCAAUAGACUCUCUUCGGGACUCCCGGUCCCUCAGCUAUUCACCUGUGGAGCGUCACUGUCCCUCACCCCAGCCCUCACCGCGGGACCAGCAGAGCAGUGGUGAGCGGGGUUCCCGCAGAGGCCAGCAUGGGGACGGCCGCUCCCCUGGCCACAAGCGCAGGAGGGAGACACCCAGCCCCCGGCCCGUGCGACACCGCUCCUCCAGGUCUCCGUAAAUCUUAGGGGGAUUCCACCAUACCCAUGCCGUGGAGCCACAGGGCGUGCUCUUUUCCCGAACAGCCGUGGGAGGGUUUCUUGUCUGCCCCCUUGAGCCCUGGCAACGUCUUGGGGGGAGAGUCCCCUCACUUUUUUUUUUCCUUUCCUUUGUUCCUGUGAAAUGUUAAUCUCUGUGAGUUUUUCCUGGUUCACGUGUUUUGGGGGGUUUGGGGUGGGAGGGAAAGCAGAUGGGAGUUGGGGGAGGGACGUAUGUAGUUCAGGACACCCUGGGCUGGAGUCAGAAAGGGCCUGGGAGGCACACCCUCUGUGGAUCCCGAGUAUCCCUGGGGCUGUGCUGGUUUAGGAUUUGGAUUUGGUAAGCUGUGUGAGGUAUUCUUGGAAGGGGCAGGAGUUGAAAUUAGCUGGCCCCGACUGCCCCCCAUGAGGUUGUGGUCCCCUCCCCCCAACUUUUCAUGUUUCUUAAAAGGCAUUUUGGUUUUUUAAAAUCUGUACAGCAAGAGCAACUUUUUCUGUCAAAUAAAAAUGAGAAAUGCAGGGA